AGAAUUUCGCUGUCCUGUAUUUGAUUCAUUUUUUUUUUUUUUUUACUUGAAGUUCAACCUAUAGAAGUCGAGUAUUUAAAAAAUACCAAGUGUAUUGUUGUCUGCUUCGUGUUUUGAGUAAACAAAAGAGUAGCCAGAUUGACAGGGACGACCUCUGCGACGAGCGCUGCUUCACAAUAUAACCCAACUGCGCCAUUCUCAUGCCGUGAGCAGCCACACACUGCCUGCUUGCAGUUUGGACGCGGUUCAGCACUCUGUCUUUCAUGUCUCCAAUUGUUUUUCACGCUCAGUUUAAGGACAGCCAAUUGCUGUUCAUAUACUACACGGAGAAGGAGAUUUGGAUUCAAUUUGGAUUAAGAAGCAAUAUGGAUAAUUUCAGGAGAAAUCAGUCUGCUAAGCCAUGGCGAGCUCUGGAUCUGCAUGUUCACCCACAGCGGACUGCAGGAUGGAAGCAGAGUUUGCUGUCCCGGCACAAGUGGAGGCGGCAGGCAAGCAGAUGGCAGAGUUUGCCCGGCAUCACUGCUCAGAAGGGCGGAGGGUGGUCCUGGUCACCUCAGGAGGCACCAAAGUCCCCCUGGAGUCCAGGACUGUUCGUUUUUUGGAUAAUUUCAGUAGCGGGCGGAGAGGUGCCUCGUCAGCUGAGUAUUUCUUGGACUCAGGCUAUGCUGUGAUCUUCCUGCACCGCCACCACUCCCUCUACCCGUACUCCCGGAAGUACGCUGGAGUGAACCUGCUUGACACUCUGAGAGCCUCCCCGGAGCAGGGGCUUGGGUGCAUCUCGCACAGGGUGGAGGUGGACCAGGGCAAGCUGCCUCACAUCGUCUCUGUCCUGCAGCGCUAUCAGGCUGUGAAAGAAGCACGGCUCCUGCUGGCAGUGGAGUUCAAUACGCUCUCGGAGUACCUACAUCUGCUCAAGGCAGCUGCACAGGCUCUCGGUCCAAUAGGGUCCAAUGCCAUGUUUUACCUGGCUGCUGCUGUUUCCGAUUUCUACAUUCCUGCUUCGGAAAUGCCUGAACACAAGAUCCAAUCCUCCGAUGGGCCUUUGCAGAUCACUAUGAAGAUGGUUCCAAAGAUGCUGUCCCCCUUGGUGAAGGACUGGGUACCCAAGGCGUUUGUGAUCUCCUUUAAGCUGGAGACUGACCCGUCCAUCCUUGUGGGGCGCGCCCGCAGAGCGCUGGACAUGUACCGGCACCAGGCUGUGGUAGCCAAUGUGCUGGACACCCGGCGGGGCUACGUGGUGAUCGUGACCCGGGACACCCAGACUGAGCUGCUGCUGUCUGACGAGGAGGAGCAGAGGGAGGUGGAGAUCGAGGAGAAAAUAGUCAGUAACCUGUCCACAGCUCACACCAGCUUCAUAGAGGAGCAGGGCUAAAGAUACUGGCAUAAAAAUGUUUCAACAAAGGGUCUUUACAAGACGUCAAGCUAUCUUUAGAACUUCGUGAAGGCUCUUGUUGGAACAAUUGAGUGAGUUCUAGUGUUCAAAUGAGAUUCGCCCCUUCAGGAUGUGUUACACCAGAGCUGUCCAGUCUUUUUUGCUGCAAGCGCCAUGCCGACAGUUUAAACAUACAAUAAAAUGUAAACGUGUCAGACACGCCUGAAGGUGUAGUUUGCUAAAUCUUAUAAGCUUACUGAAGAGUUUCAAAGAAAUUGAAGAAAACAAACAGAGCAAGCCCUGUUGGCAAACUGUCAUUAAUAGCCCUUAAAUGGCACACUUAACCUGUAGAUCACUGCUGUUAUUGGAAAGUGGCCCCCAUUCAUCCUGAGAAAACUAAACCAUUUGAUCAUGUGAACAGUAAUUUUCAUAUCACUGUAGAGAGAGGAUAGCUACUGUUAGGUUAUCUAUAGAUUGUUUUCUCAUUAAAAUAAAAAAUCUAAAUUU